UUGACAGGAAGUCGGGAAUGUGUAAGGGGUUGAAUAAGAAGGACUUUGCCCCACGUUAUCUGCCUCUGAAUGAUCACAAACAAGCCUGACUAAAGUCCUGUCUAGGUCGCUCGCUGGCUCUCUCGCGCUGGUACGUUGUAACGAUCCACGAAAAGUAACAAAAGCGAAAAAUAAAAGACAGAAACCGGGAAAUAACUUCAUCGGAGGCAUGAGAAUGGAGACAACUUCAUCGCUGAUAAAGGCAGUCUCCAGGAGGGUGUGGACGGCCAAUCAGAGGCCGUUCAGAGUGUGCUCAUCUGACAGAGCCACCAGGAAAGGGGUUACCACGGGAACACUGCAGGAGCUGAGAGAGACGGUUGCACAGGCCCUGCUGCUGGCCGCCCUGACGCUCAGGCUGGUCUGUGAGGAGGACGGCACCGAGGUGGAGUCAGAGGACUUCCUGCAGAGUCUGCCCGACAACACCGUGCUGAUGGGCCUGGGGCCUGGGCAAACAUGGAGCCCAUCACCUAAAUCUCAGGGGGGGGGCGUCCUGUUUUCCUCAGCCAAUAAGAAGCCCCGCACAGGGCGUGACAUCGCCCGCGUGACGUUUGACUUCUACAGGCUGCACCCGCGUGACGUCUUCGGCUCGCUGAACGUCAGGGCCACCUUCCAGGGCCUGUACUCCAUCAGCGCUGACUUCACCUGCCUGGGGCCAAAGAAAGUGCUGAGAGAGGCUCUGCGUGUGGCCUCCUCACUGCUACAGGCUGUUGGUCACAUGCUGAUCACGUCAGCCUCUGUGAUUCGCCGGAUCAUUGAGGGGGCGGACCACUGGAAGCCCCACCCCUCCCCAGAGGGCUCCGCCUACCUUCCAGAACACUGGGACUGAGCCACGCCCAUUCAACACCCCCAUCCCCCCUCCCCCUCCCCCUCCUCUAAGAGAAUUAGGGGAAUCCCCCAACCCUCAACCUCAGCCAUUUGUGUGUGAUCAUCAAUCAUUGGUUAGGAUCCUGGUGUCAAUCAAGGCCAAGCCUUAUAAAACACACACUGUACCAAACAUUGCACACUCAGGUUCAUGCUUAUAAUAAUGAGAAAUGUAUUCAUCUGAGUAUUACACAUUACUGUGCAACUACUACUGUUAAUAGUGCACCUGAUUACAGCUGAAGCACUGUAGAGUUUAUGUGCAUAAUUACUGAUAUGGAAACGCUCCUGAGUUAAUUGUUGCUUGUCUUAUGAAACUGUAAAUACGUUGAUCGUUGAUUAAAACAGACCUGGCCUCAGUGCUGAACGGCAGGAUGCUGGAAUGGUUUGAUAAUGCGGACGGUUACUUUGUUAAGAAGUAGAAAUGAGCACUGUAGUCACAGAUCUUCAAUGGCCAGCUUAUUCAUUUAAAAUACUUGAAUAAAUACUUAAAUAAUUUUACAUGAA